CGAUGGGCAACCAGAUGAGUACCAAUGAAUUCUUGCUUAUCUAAGAUGUGACGCAACUGCAUCGAUGUGGUCGCUCGACAAAGCACACGCGAGCUGAUGGCCGCCGCUUACCAAUGAAUUCAAUCUCUCUCUGUAUAUCAGCAGGAGCCGCCAGCUUCCCACCAUCAUGCUCUGAGCUCUGAAGGUGCAGCUCAAGGACUCCGUCUCCGUGCAGCCGUAGAUACCACGACCAGCGCAGACACGGUGGCUACGACGACAGCCUCCAUGGCCGCCGCGGCUGCUCCUCCCCGGCCUCGUGUCAUGGUGCUGCCCUUCCCCGCGCAGGGCCAUGUCAUGCCGCUCAUGGAGCUGUCCCGCCGGCUCGCCGACCAUGGCUUCGAGGUCGACUUCGUGAACACGGAGUACAACCAAGCCCGCGUCCUCGCGGCCUUGGAGGCAGGAGGAGAGACAGGAGCUGCUGUCCAUGCCGGGAUCCACUUGGUCUCCCUCCCGGACGGCAUGGGCGCCGACUGCGACCGCACCGACGUCGUUAAGUUGGGCCAGAGCUUGCCGGCGGCGAUGCUUGGCCGCCUCGAGGAGCUGAUCAGAGCUAGGGACACUCGAUGGGUGGUGGCUGACGUCUCCAUGAGCUGGGUACUGGACCUGGUUGCCACGGUGGGCGUGCGCGUCGCCUUGUUCUUGACCUACUCCGCCGCCGUCUUCGCGCUGAGGGCGCACGUUCCCAAGCUGAUAGAGGAUGGCAUCAUUGACGAAAGUGGGAAUGUGAGGAGGAAUGAGAGGAUCCAGCUGAGCCCCAAGAUGCCGGCCAUCGCGGCGGCCGAGCUCCCAUGGAUUGGUGUUGGCAAGAGCCCUGAGGCACGAAGAGCAGUACUGCAGAGCGUGAGCAAGAACACCCCAUACACGCUCGCCGACACCAUCGUCUGCAACACGUUCCAAGAGAUCGAGUCCGAGGCGCUGGCCCUCCUCCCCAAGGAGCCACUGGCCAUCGGCCCCCUUGUGGCAUCGAAGUCGACGUCAGCCGGCCAUUUCUGGCCUCAAGACCUGACCUCCCUCUCCUGGCUUGACGCGCAGGCCCCAAGCUCAGUUGUGUAUGUGGCAUUCGGGAGCUUUACAGUCUUCGACGCUACAAGGCUCCAGGAGCUCGCCGACGGGGUGGUGCUCACCGGACGGCCGUUCCUGUGGGUGAUCCGGCCGAACUUUGCCAACGGCGGCAUCGACGAAGGCUGGCUGGAUGAAUUCAGAUGCCGCGUUGGAGGCCAGGGGCUGGUCGUCGGCUGGGCUCCCCAGCAGCGCGUGCUCUCGCACCCCUCGGUGGCAUGCUUCGUCUCGCACUGUGGAUGGAACUCGACGAUGGAAGGGGUGCACCAUGGUGUCCCAUUCCUGUGCUGGCCAUACUUCGCCGACCAGUUUCUGAAUCAAAGCUACAUCUGCGACAUGUGGGGUACCGGCUUGAGGAUCUGCGCAGACGAACAGGGGAUCGUCACCAAGGAGGAGAUCAGGGACAAGGUUUCACAAGGUCAUGUCAUUCCACUAAUGGAGUUGUCCCACAGGCUAAUCGACUAUGGAUUCAAGAUUGACUUCGUAAAUACCGAGUUCAACCAUGGCUGUAUCCUCAAGUCCAUGCAAAAUGGAGUGAUCCCUGAAGGAAUCCACAUGUUAUCCAUCCCAGAUGGUUUGGACCCAGGUGAUGAUCACACAGACAUUGGCAAGUUGGUCGGUGGCUUACCAGCUGCCAUGUUCAGCCCCCUCGAGGAGAUUAUCAAAAUCAAGAAGAUAAAAUGGAUGAUAGCAGAUGUGUCUAUGAGCUGGGCGCUAAAACUGACAAACACAGUGGGAGUACGUGUUGCUUUGUUCUCAACUUAUUCAGCAUCUGUGUUUGCACUAAGGAUGAAACUUCCCGAACUAAUUGAGGAUGGUGUUAUUGAUGAAAGUGGGAACGUGAAAAUGCACAAGAUGAUCCAACUGAUGCCACCCAUUGACUCAACUGAGAUCCCCUGGGUCAGCCUGGGCAGCACCACAGAGAGGCGCAGAGUUAACAUAAGGAAUGUCAUUAAUACUAACCAAUUGAUGGCACUUGCUGAGGCCAUCAUCUGCAACACAUUCAGAGAGGUGGAACCUGAAGCAUCAGCUCUCCUACCCAAUGCAUUGCCCAUUGGUCCAUUGGUAGCUCCGAUGUCAAAGCUGAAUGGUAAUUUCUGGUCUGAAGACCAGACCUGCGUGACCUGGCUUGAUAGGCAAGCCCCAGGCUCUGUCAUAUACGUCGCAUUCGGGAGCUCUACUGUCUUUGAUGCAACAAGAUUCCAAGAACUGGCCAAUGGACUUGUGUUAUCUAGCAGGCCAUUCCUAUGGGUGGUCCGGCCAAACUUCACCAAAGAAAUCAAAGAGGAGAGGCUCAACCAAUUCGAGCAGAGUGUCGCUGGCAAGGGACUGGUCGUUACUUGGUCUCCCCAGCAAAGGGUACUCUCACACCCUUCAGUUGCUUGUUUCAUAACACACUGUGGGUGGAACUCAACGAUGGAAGGUUUGCUCCAUGGUGUACCGUUCUUGUGCUGCCCCUACUUUGCUGACCAGUUCUGCAACCAGAGCUACGUGUGCAAUGUGUGGAAGACAGGCCUGAAGCUCUGUGCCAACGAACAAGGGGUCGUCACCAAGGAGGAGAUCAAGGACAAGGUUGAUCAGCUGCUGGGAGACGAGGACAUCAAGGCGAGGGCAGUUAUGUGGAAGAACAAGGCAUGUGCAAGCAUCAGAGAGGGAGGAUCCUCUCAUGAGAACUUGCUCAAACUUGUGAAAUUGCUACAAGAAGGAUGACAUUUCAUAAUUCAGCUCAGUUUCCGCACACAGUUAUACUACACUGUUACAGUAUUGCAUAGUUGGGUUCUGCGUUUCUUUAAUCAUUUCCUAUGUCUGUCAGUAUCUAUAUGCAUGUAUUAAAUCCAUAGAGCCCUUCUUUCUCUAAUUUAAAGGGAGCCAUUCUAAUAAAAUGCAUACAACCUGUGUAUGUGCUACCCCAUAGUUACUCUA